AUGGAGAGAGGUGUCCAAAACAAUCUGAAUGAACGUAUAAAACCUGGGGAACACAUGUUUUUUGAUCGCGGAAAGCCGCCUACUAAAGUCCAGGGUUUAGCGUCUCGGGUAGUUGAUAUUGACGGCAAAACGAUGUUGCCGAGGAGAGGUGUUGUGUUGUCGGCUGCAAGGGAUCCGGGUAAGUUUAACAUCAUUGAUGAAUUGUCAAAAAUUACUGUUCUAGUUGAUGAGAAUGUUAAUGUUCCGGUUCAGCCACCGGAAUUUGAGACUGUGGGUUUAAGUUAUGAGGCUAGGGAUAAAUGUGUACAACAACCGUGUGAGGGCUCUACCUCCAAACCGAUGUCAUAUGCUGAUACAGUUGUUGCUAAUGGAUUGAAAAAAGUAAACUUUCGAUCUCUUGCUAGUUCCGCUAUACAAGAUGGUUGUGACGUUGUUUUGCCGAGGGAAUCUGUUCGAUCAGUGCAAGAUAAGCUGGCUAAUACUCUCUAUGGGUAUUUUUUAGGUGAUCGGAUUGCGUUCCCUGUAGUUGAUUAUUAUGUUCGAACGCAUUGGAAGAAGUAUGGCUUAUCAAAAACUAUGAUGAAAGCGAAUGGAUUUUUCUUCUUUAAAUUUAAUGAUGAAGUUGGAUUGUCAAAUGCUCUGAAAGACGGGCCUUGGAUUAUUAGAUCACAGCCAUUAUUUCUGGAUGUUUGGACCCCAACAACUAAAUUAGAAAAGAAGGAGGUUAAAAAGGUUCAGGUGUGGGUCAAAAUUCAUGAAGUUCCUCUAGCGGCCUAUACGGAGGAUGGUCUUAGCUUGAUUGCAAUUACUAUUGGGGAACCAAAAAUGCUUGAUUCUUUUACUACGUCUAUGUGUAUCGAUGCUUGGGGUCGAAGUAGCUAUGCUAGAGCUUUGAUUGAGAUCUCGGCUGAGAAUGAGUUACGAGAGGAAAUUACAAUGGCUAUUCCGGAACCGGAUGGGGAGGGGUUCAUUAAAGAGACUUUGUAUGUUGAGUAUGAGUGGAGUCCGCAUCGAUGUGCUAGCUGCUGUGUCUUCGGUCAUUCGACUGAUAUGUGCCCCAAGCAUCCAAAGAAACAACCUAUGGUGGUGUAUGAGAAUCAUAAUCGCAAUGGUCAAAAGAAUUAUCCUGUUAAGAAGGCUCCUAUUGUGGAUCAAGAUGGAUACACUGGGGUGUAUGGUAAGAAAGCUGCUAGGAAAGUUGGUAUUCCUGUUAAUAAACAAAAGUCUAAAUUUGAAUAUCGACCUGUCGGUUCAAAACCAAAAGGUGAUGUUAACAAGGAAUCGGUUCGUAUUGAUAAAAGAUCGAAUAACCCGUUUGAUGUCCUUAAUGACGUGGAGGACGAGUCGGGUUCUAGUAAUAAGAAAACGGAUUUGAACAAUGAGGAAUCCGAUGAAGAUGAGGUUAUUGAGGUGGAAACUGAAAUGGAUGGGUUUAUGACGGAGGGUACUCGAAAUACUAAUAGUAAAGGGGCAAGCACUCCUUCUCCGAUAGUUACCAAUGUUUUCAGAUCUUGGGAAUGGACUUCGAAUGGGAAUUGUUGUUCUAAGGGCAUUAGAAUUAUUAUUGGAUGGAACCUGGCCAUUUUUGAUGUAAUGAUCUUGGCGCAAUCUAAUCAGGUUAUGCAUUUACAGCUCGUGUUCAAAUUGGAUAAAAGAAUGACUUUUUGUUCUAUCGUGUAUGCUGAAAAUUAUUACAUGGCCCGGAGAGAUGUAUGGAAUAAUCUUUCUAUACACAAAGCGCUUGUUGCUGAUAAACCUUGGUGCAUUAUGGGAGAUUUUAAUACGGCUCUCAACAUAGAGGAUAACUCUAUGGGAUCUUCAUCGAUUUCUACUGGUUUGCUAAAGAAACUUGAUCGUGUAAUGGGAAAUACGAACUUUAUUGCUGAUUUUCCGAAUUCCGUGGCCAUUUUCAAACCGUAUAGACUCUCAGACCAUUAUCCUUGUAUUCUAUCGUUCCCGAAUGCUACUAGAAUGAAACCGAGGUCUUUCAAGUUUGCAAAUUUUCUGGUUUUUAAACCGGAAUUCCUGGAGAUUGUUAAUAGCAACUGGAUUACUAAUGUAAAUGGUAUUCACCAGUUCAGAGUGGUUAAAAAGCUUCGUUUGCUUAAACAUCCGCUGCGGUCUCUUUUAUUUAAACAAGGUAAUAUUCAUAAAAAAGUUGAGAAUCUUCGAUCGGAGCUAGAUUUAGUUCAACAAAAGAUUGAUCAGGAUAAUGCUAAUGCUGAUUUGCGAGCAGCCGAGACUGUGUUUAGCCGUGACCUCCAAGAAGCAUUACUUGACGAAGAGCGAUUUUUGAAACAAAAAUCUAAAGUAGAUUGGUUAAGGGCGGGAGAUAUGAACUCUGCGUUUUUUCACUCUUCUAUGAAAAUGAAAAAUCAUUGUAGUCGUAUUGAGGUGAUUAAAGAUUCGGAUGGGAACCUUUAUGAGGGUGAUACGGUGUUCCACCCGUUUGUCAAGCAUUAUGAAAGAUUUUUUGGAACGCAAGGUGAUACGUCCCUUAUUCCAGCUCCGGAUUUAUUUUCUAAGAGACUCUCUCCUCAGGUUGCUCAUCAUAUGAUCCGGCAAGUCUCGGCGGAAGAAGUUAAAAGGGCGAUGUUCGGUAUUGGUAUUGAUAAAGCCCCGGGGCCUGAUGGUUACACUGCGGCGUUUUUCAAAAGUGCAUGGCCGAUUGUUGGGAAUGAUGUUACUUGUGCUAUCAUUGAUUUUUUUGAGACAGGAAAACUUCUUCGUGAAUUGAAUCAUACAAAUAUCGUGCUUAUUCCGAAAAUUCCUACCCCUUCGACAGUCAGUGAUUAUCGUCCGAUUGCCUGCUGUAAUGUGCUAUACAAAUGUAUCAGUAAAAUCAUUGCGGAUAGAAUAAAGGGGGCGCUGAAUGAUAUUGUUAGUAUAAAUCAAUCGGCUUUUGUUCCAGGGAGGCGAAUUUCGGAUAACAUUCUGUUGACGCAAGAGCUAAUGCAUAAUUAUCAUCGAAAUGUGGGUCCUCCUAGGUGUGCUUUUAAAGUGGAUAUUCAGAAAGCCUAUGACACUGUUAACUGGAGAUUUCUGAAAAGUGUUUUGCUUGGCUUUGGGUUUACUGACAAGAUGAUUGCAUGGAUAAUGGUUUGUGUCUCGACUGCCUCGUUUUCUAUGUGUGUCAAUGGUUCUGUGCAUGGCUUUUUUCAAGGUAAACGAGGUUUACGGCAAGGGGAUCCAAUCUCCCCUUAUCUUUUUACCUUAGUUAUGGAGGUUUUGACGGCUAUUCUUCACCAUGCGGUUCGUAUUGAUUCGUCGUUUAAGUUUCAUAAUAAAUGCGAAAAACAGCAGAUUAUUAAUCUUUGUUUUGCGGAUGAUCUGUUCCUUUUUGCUAGAGGAGAAGUUAAUUCGGCCAGGCUCGAUUAUAGCGACUGUCGAGUGCUUGUGGAUAGGCUUCAAAAACGUAUAACUCAUUGGAGGAACAAGUUGCUUUCGUUUGCGGGUAGGCUACAGCUUAUAACUUCUGUUCUCUCAGCUAUGCACAUUUAUUGGUCAUCUGUUUUUAUGCUGCCGAGUCGUAUUGUUCUCGAGCUUGAAGCUUGUAUGCGUAAUUUCCUUUGGUCUCAAGAUAGUUCGUAUUCUAAAGGUAAAUCAAAAGUUUCUUGGAAGACCGUUUGUACUCCGAAGUAUGAAGGAGGGUUGGGAAUUAGACGUAUAGGGGAUAUGAACAAGGCUCUUAUGUCUUAUCAUAUUUGGAGCAUUGUUUCUAAAAGGGAUUCUUUAUGGGUGGAUUGGGUGCAUAGUUACAGGUUGAAAGGCAAAAGCUUCUGGAUAUGCAAAUCCCCAGCUAAUUGUUGUUGGUCUUGGAGAAAGAUUGUGCAAUUGCGGCCUCUUAUUAGAAAUCAUUUAUGGUCGGAUUUAGGUAAUGGCGCUAAUACUUCGGCUUGGUUUGAUUACUGGAGUGAUAUAGGGCCGCUUGGGGAUUUUAUUUCGCCGAGAUCUAUUACCGAUGCAGAUUUGAAACUAGAUGAUUCUGUAGCUAACAUCUACUCGAAUGGUUCUUGGGCGUGGCCUUUGGCUUGGAGAGAUCUUUUUCCGGUUCUCAUUCAGUUAGAUCAGGUUCAGUUAACCCCAAUGAAAUAA